AUGGCGCAAAAUGGGACUGCCGACAUCGAGGAAACGCCCGGCAACGGCAACGACCAGAGCCAAACCGCGAGUGCCCCUGAGCCUGACAAAGGGCUGGCCAAGACGAGCGGCGGAGUCAUGUUGGAGCUGCGCAUGUACCUCCUGCUGAUGGCCAUCCUGGCGGCCACAGUGACGUACGUCGCUGGGCUAAACCCGCCGGGAGGAGUCUGGCAGCUGAGCACCAAGGACGGCUACCGCGCCGGCAACCAGAUCCUCGUGGUGACGGACCACACCCGGUACAACGCCUUCUUCUACAGCAACGCCACCGCGUUCAUGGCGUCGGUCGUGGUCAUCCUCCUCCUCCUCCUCGUAGAGCGGAGCGUGGACGGGAGCACCAAGUGGCUCGUCACGCUAAGGGUGGUCAUGGUGCUGGACUUGCUCGCGCUCAUGGUGGCCUACGCCGCCGGGGCAAGCCGGGGAACGGUCACAACCGUCUUCGCCUCCGUUCUGGUAUCUGCCGUCUUCAUCUUCAACACCGCCGCUUUUCAUUGCGUCCCUGGUUGCAGUCAUGCGCCUGACGACCAUCAGGAGCGAGCUCGGGAUGGACACCUGGACCAGUGGCAGCAUGUCCCGUACGGGUUCGUCCUCGUCGCGCUGUUCAGCCUUUUCGGGGCCUACGCCGUCGGGAGCUGCAGGAGUACUACCUCCACCAUCUACCUCGGCGUGCUGGUUCUCCUUCUUGUCGUAUACAUCGCCAUCCUGUUCCUCAUCCACAAAUACUGGUGGGAUAAGCUGUCCAACCUUGCUGCCGGCUAUUUUCAUGCUGGACCUGGAUCAUUCAACCCAUCGGUUCAUGCUGGAGCUGGAUCCACAAAAGGACUAUCGGCAAAGGAACCCCAAGAGCCGCCAGAGAGCGAAGGCAUCAUUCAGCUAAGGAGGGCUCACUAUCUGGUGCUGCUACUUGCCACUGUUGCAGCGACCAUCACCUACCAGGCAGGGAUGAACCCGCCGGGCGGCUUCUGGCCUGACGACCGUGACGGGCACAAGGGCGGCGACCCAGUGCUGGUGACCACGCACCCCAGACGUUACAGGGCGUUCUUCUACUGCAACUCCGCCGCUCUGGUCGCCUCGGUGGUUGUCAUCAUUAUGGUCCAGAGCAAGCAUCUGACAUCGAGCGCCGUCCACAAGAGCCACGGGCUGGAGGCCGCCAUGAUACUGGACCUGCUUAGCCUCAUGGCUGCGUAUGCGGUCGGUUGUGCCCGGGACGUGAGCACCUCCCUCCACGUCGUCGCUCUGGCCGGCGCCGUCCUGGUCUACGUGGUCAUACACAUCGCCUUGUUCACGCUAGACCACAAGGGCGACAGCAGAGGCGACGACAAGGAGGAAGAGAAAAUGUUGAAGAGGCGCAAAGUACUGCUGCUGCUCGCCAUCUUGGCCGCCACCAUCACGUACCAAGCUGGGUUGACCCCCCCGGGAGGCUUCUGGGUCGACGAGGACGUGCCCGGUGGGCACACCGCAGGCUACCCAGUUCUCUCAACCGGCUACCCUCGCCGCUACGCCACCUUCUUCUACUGCAACGCGGCGAGCUUCAUGUCAUCCAUAGCCGUCAUCAUCCUCCUCGUCAACCCGAACCUGUACCGGCUGGGCAUAAGGUGCUACGCCCUCUACGUGUGCGCGGUGGCGGGCCUGUUCGGCCUCAUGGCCGCCUACGCAGCCGGAAGCUCUCGCCAUCUCCGGACAUCCAUCUUCAUGAUCUCACUGGUGGCUGUGGUAGUCACCUUCAUAAUCUUACUCCUUCUAGCAUUCCAUUUCAAAUUCAAUAAGGGUCUCGGGCUCGGCAGCGCUCACGAAACCAAGGAGACCCCGAAAGGGAAAGAGGGGAACAAGAAAAGAUACACCAAGCGCAAGUACUUGAUGCUUGUGGGCAUCCUGGUUGCGAGCGUCACCUACCAAGCCGGCCUUACCCCGCCGGGCGGCGUCUGGCCGGACGGCAGCGACGGGCACGCCGCCGGCAACCCGGUGCUGCGCGACAGCAACAAGCAGCGGUACCGCUUGUUUUUCUACAGCAACUCCGUUUCUUUCUUGGCGUCCAUCGUCGUCAUCCUCCUCCUGCUGUUGGACGAGACGUUGUUCGACCCGAAGCAGGAGUUGGAAUCGGACGAUCUGCAUCUGCUCUGGGUGGCCCAGUCCUCGAUUCUGCUGGCCCUGCUUGGCCUCCUGUGGGCGUACGCCUCCGGCUGCAGCCGGGAGUGGAAGACAUCGGGAUAUGUCGUCGCGCUCGCCGUCGCUGUGCUGCUCUACAUGGCCAUCCAUGUGGCGCUAUCAUGCCACGACAAGAAAGGCAAAAAAACACCUCAACAGGACGGCAAAUCACCUGGCAAGCAAUGCAGUUCCGAAGACGGUGAAGGAAAGCUAGAGCGGGUUCAAUCUGAGAUUAACACUGUGUAGGGAACGAAUGAUCUAGAAAACAAUGUAUAGGGAA